AUGCAACCAUCACGACAAUACGCAACUUUGCGUUUGCUGAGCAAGGCUCGAAUGUUGAACUUUGGAAGCAGGAACUUUUCAAAAUCUACUGGUCCAAAUAGGUUCAAAUUUGCAGGAAAUCUAAGUUUAAUGGAACUCUUUAGAAUCUCGUUUAGUUCAUUCAAAUCGGACAAGUCGUUCAAAAGUCAUAUGAGGGUCACACACACACAUUCACCGUAUGUGAUGUCACCCAUCAACGCGGGAAUAGUAGGGAAGCUUCUUAGGAUCUAA